AUGCAGGGAGAACCGCGUGGUGCGCCCAGUGGGCAGUCGCUGUUUGAACAAAUGCAUCAGCAGCAUUUCGCGCAGCCGCAGGGGUUUUCGCCCCAACAGCAUCAAAUUCCUCAACCAGCACAUUAUGUACCACCUCAAACCUCAUUUACCCAACCGCAUGGUGGCCAAACGUACAACCAACCAAAUAAUUCGUAUUAUCCACCAGGGGCUCCGCUCCAGCCACCACCUUUUAUUUCUCCCCAGCAGGACAGUGAUUACUACAAGGGAUUUUACGACGGCGUAGUGAAACCAUCGGGACCUGUCGUCGGUAAUAUAGUCAGUUGGGUGGCACCGCUGAUUGUUAAUAUUGCCAUAUUCGUUGGUCCAUUGUGGUAUGUGCGACGGAAAUACACGCAGGCUAUGGCCCAAGGCGCAGCUGGUGGGGCAGGGAAGAAACCUGGAAUGGGGAAUUUGAUGGAAAUGAUGAACCCCAUGAAACCAAAGAAUUUUCGUGUUGAUGUGAAGGGUACCACCUUCGCAGAUAUUAUCGGCAUUCCUGAGGCGAAAGAGGAUUUGAAGCAAUAUGUUGACUUCAUCAAGGACCCAAAAAAAUUUACAAGGCUUGGCGCUCGGCUUCCAAAGGGGUGCCUGCUAACGGGAAGCCCCGGUACGGGAAAAACAUUACUCGCCCGAGCCGUUGCUGGUGAGGCGAAUGCGCCCUUUCUCAGUUGCUCAGGGGCUGACUUUAUCGAAAUUUUUGGUGGAAGCGGACCAAAGCGCGUUCGUGAACUUUUUGCACAAGCACGAGAGGCUGCACCCUGCAUUGUUUUCAUUGACGAAAUUGACGCCAUUGGCUCUCGUAACCAAAGUGGUCGGAGUAUGGGAGGUGGAGGUAGUGAAGAAAACCGUACUAUUAACCAACUUCUUGCAGAGUUGGACGGUUUGACGAGUAAGGAGGCAAUUGUAGUUAUUGCGGCGACAAACUACCCCGAAGUCAUUGACAAGGCUCUUCUACGCGAGGGUCGCUUUGAUCGCAAGGUGAAUGUCCCAAUGCCUGACAGAUCGGCGCGAGUUGAGUUAUUUGAAUACUACUUGAAGCGCAUCAUAACUGGUGACGCGGAGUGUAAACCAAAGAUACAGCGCUUCCGAACUCGUAAGGAAAGCGAAGACGGGGACAACAUUAAAACAGAAUCCGCAGCUUCCCCAAAGGCAAACGAUGGAAAAGAGAAAGUAGCUUCGCUUACCGCGGAGGAGGAGGCACCCGAAGUCAAAGUGAUUCCCGGGGUGAGCAAUAAAGAAUACGCCAUAGCUCUUGCGGAUCGCACUCCCGGUGUAUCGCCAGCUCAAAUCGCUACAAUUGUUAACGAGGCUGCACUCACCUCUGCAGUUGCGGAAUGUGAGGUGGUCCCGUUGAAAACCCUUCAGGAAAGCAUCGACGAUGUCCUCAUCGGAAAAAAACACCGGCAGCGUAUGAGUGACAGCUCAUUGGAACGGACCGCCUACCACGAAGUUGGCCAUGCGAUUAUGGCGUGGACAUCACCACUACAGAAGGAUGUUUUAAAGAUAUCAAUCAUUCCUCGAGGUAGAGCUGGUGGAUACACGCAACAAAUGCAGGACGAAGCGAUGGAGCCUCGCACAGAUGCCUUUUUGUUUUCUCAACUUUGUGUGCUGAUGGGCGGUCGUGUGGCCGAGCGUAUUUUCAUGAAGGACAUAUCAACAGGUGCUAUGGAUGAUCUCCAACGUGCGACGCGUAUUGCCAUGGAGAAGCUUCUUCUUUAUGGAAUGUCUAAGUCCAUUGGUCAGCUUGCCUUCAAAGCGAACGAAAGAAAUGAGGGCCGCGGUUGGAUGAACUUUUCAGAAGAACUACAUGCGAAAGUGGAAGAGGAAGCGCGGCAUCUCGUCGCUUCGGCUUAUAAACAUACAGAGAAGGUUCUCUUGGAGAAACGUGAGCUUCAUGAAAAGCUUACGAAACUUUUACUGGAAAAGAAGGAGCUAACGAAAGCCGACAUUGAGCAGAUCCUCGGUCCUCGUCCAAUAGUCACUGAUACCAGCUAG